AUUCUUUUAUGUAUAUAGAUAUAUGGCAACUUAUGGAAGCCAUUCCUGGAUGUUGAGAGUGUCAGCAAGUUUUCAGAGACGUGCCUUGGGCCUACAAAUCAUUUGAAAAAGAAUGAUGACCGAGAGUAUCGACUGGUUGCAGAGCCAGAGUGGAUUGUGUAAAGUUGAUCGUUAUACCGCAAGUGAUGAGGAGGACCAGAACUGGGCAACCGACUCCGCCAAGCUUUUUCAGCAAACUGCCUCUGAUCCGCUCAAAGUCUUAAGUUGGCUCCGAAAAGAUCUGGAAAACUGUGCCAUCGGAGUGCAGAAUGUGUUGAAUGCCAGUAACAACGCAGGGGGUGCAAAAUCGAGGGAUCCGUCCACAACGAGGCAAAACAUGCCGCAACGCAACGUACGUUCCCCGGGCGGUUUCAGUGUCUGCGAUGAGGAAUUCAGUGUGAAUGUCAGCUCCAACAGGGCUUCACCCACCUUUCACUUGUCCAUGAAGGCUUCUUGUCAGAAGGAAUCCAAGGAUGAAGAAAGCGAUGGCUCUACUUCACCCAACACAAACCCUGAUCCAGAUGACGUAUCUUUUUAUUGCAAUAGGCUUUCCAACCUUGCCAUAGCUAUGGCCCGGAAAGAGAUGAAUGACCGGUCAGAUGGCAACAACACAUGCAUACAUAAGUCGCUUUAUGGCCCUGCUGGGGACCACGGCCACAGGUCUAUUGGGGUGGGUACAGAGGAGAUCAAGCAAAAUGUACCACCCAAGAUGUGUGAAGGCGAAUAUGAAGAAACUCCAGCUUCUAAGAAGAAAACCGCAUUUUAUUACAAAGAAGAAAAUGCAGAAAUACCUAAUAAGAGUGACCCUUACAGGGACGGGAUCAAAGGCUGCAACCGCAAGAAGCGAUUUGGUUCAGACGAGUACAGCAAUUCACUGAGCAAAGGGAUAUUGGUUUAUGCCAACAACGUGGUUUCAGAUAUGAUGGUCUCGGUUAUGAAGACCAUGAAGGUGAAGGUGAACGACUCCAACAUCGCUUGUGCAGUGUUGAAGAAGGUUCUGCUGAAGCACUCCAAAGAGGUUGUGUCUGAUUUCAUAGACUCCUGCAUGAAGAACUUACACGAUGUCACCGGAACGCUCAUGACCGACUCUGACUUUGUUUCAGCCGUGAAGCGAAGCCUCUUCACUCAGGGAAGUCAGAAGGCCUCCGAAAUUGUCCAGGCCAUGCUGAAUCGCUUACACAAUGCUUUGAUUGUACAGAAGCACGUGAGCGAUAGGGGGAAGUCUCAGAGCAUGGCCUUUGCAAGUGUCAAGACAGGGUCCGGACAUGAUGGAAAGUCUCAAAACAUGAGGUUUUCUGCCACAAAAACAGAAUCUUGUAGAGAGAAAGAAAUGACCUGUGCAGAAACCGUGGGCAACCACAUAAUCAAGGAGGGCCUCACCAUGUGGCACCAGAAACAACAUGACGACUGUUCAAAUCCCCAGUCAUCAAAAGCUGGGUGGAAUCCAGAAAAUCAAGAUCUUGCUAACCUCUCAACAGAUUCUUGGGCAAGAGACCUGAUUGUGACAGCAUUACUGCUGAUACAGUAUCAUCUAGUCCAGCAGGAGAAUGCAUUGAAGGAGGCCGAAUGUGGCAGGAGCAGCAAGGCAGGUGGAACCGGGUUCGGGUUCUUGUCUCAAGAUAAAGGGGGCAAUGCCUGUACACUACCUUUAUCAAAACAGUUUGACUCGUUGAAGCAAAGUGACGACGAGCAGUCCGAGACAAAUGCCGAAAAUGAUAUGUCAAGUGUCGUAGUCAUGCUCAUGCAAAAGCUCAUCAAUGAGACGGUCAACAAAUUAGGAGGAAACGCUGGACCUUUGAUGGCAGACGAGGCCUGCAAGAGCGCUUACAAAUGCCCCGAGGGACCUGGGCCUUCCGGCUCUUCCGAAAUAGACCACUCCUAUGAGGAGGCCAUUUCUGGACUGACCAAAAUGAUUCUGGAUCAGUUUGACGUCAACAGGAAGGAAGGAGGCAGCGGCCCGUUCAUCGACAACCUGGUAGAUACAGUGACCAAAUUGUGUCUCAUGAUAGCCAAAUACAGCAACCCUGAGUCAGGUCUGGGGGAUAUGGGAGACGGGGAAGAUGCUUGCGGGCCUCUGUAUGCAAAGGGCGCCGAUUCUGCAGAAAGCCGAAUAGGGUCAGGGGAAGACACACUGUCUGGCCGCAAAGUGGUUGUAACCAACCAGAAUGCUCCGGAGAACAUUCAAAACAAACAGCUUCAAGCCAUCCUUCAGUGGGUAGCAGCCUCUCAGUUGAACGUCCCUGUGUUGUACUUCAUGGAUGAUGAUGAAGAGACCCUGAAUAAGCUUCAGCAACUCUCCACAGUGGCCGUGGACAGGGGCUACAGCGUAGGAGAAGUGAUGCAGGCAGUUCUGAAGUAUGAGAAGGAAAGGCAGCUGGGGGAGGCCUUGGGCAACUUUGUGCGGCUGCCGGUUCUGGACUGGCUGCUUCAAAACCUGUGAACACGACGGCCUCUCCCUGCCCUCUCCGAGCGCAGGCUUCUCUUCCGUCACAGCGUUAAUUUCCACAGCACUCAUUUGUCAGAUAUGAUGUUAUGAGUUUUACUAAAUCUCCCCCUGCUGAGCAGUCAGAUGAAUAAAAGGAAAUACUUAA